GUUCCGCAAACUUCUUAUUUCUCAAACAUUGUGACCAACUCGCUUCUCAGUGUUCCCCAAUGGCGUCUAUGUCCACGACCACGAGGUGAUUGACGGCGUACCGGCGGGUGCGUUCUAUUAUCCUUGCUACGAUGAACCCUGUCCAUACGCAACGGAUAUCUACGCCCACGAACGCAUGUCGCCUUGCCCCAGCGAGUACCAUCCCAGCGGUGAAGAGGACGACUCCGAAGAGGAAUUCCACCAAACGCAUAUGUCGCCCUAUCAGACACACCCUGGCUUACCGCACCAGUUGCCUUACUCUGAGGGCCAUAAACAUGAAGAGACCUUCUACGGGUCCCAACGUUCAGCAAUGAACCUGAUUCAAGGAGCCCAUGCAAUUCGGGCCCCGUCAGUAUACUGCGCACCCGAGAUGGAAGCCGAGAUCGCAAGCGACGAAGACGACAUGCUCCACGCGGCGCAAUAUCUCACGCCCGUAAGCUCGCUCUCUCCUCAACUUCAGCACGGAACACUGGGCUUCACACCUAUCCUACGACACAGCUAUCCCCAACCGGCCUACGCGAACCUGCAAGAAUAUGCGUCGUACAUCACUCAAGAGGAUAUCGCCGCCGCCCAGGCGAUGAUCCCCGACGUCUCCCCGAGCCAUAGCGAGCAGCUGUUUGGCCAGCCGAUGGAUCUGUCUGUCGCGCCGUUCAUACCGUCUACCGCCUCCUUCAGCGCCGACUACCCAUGUGAGCUUGUUCGUUCGCAAAGCUGCCACGCAGACGAGUAUGCGGACGAAGACGAUUCUGCGUUGGAGGGCACGUUUCAGACGAUUCCCUACACGAUGCGACGCCGCCAUUCGAUCGCCACAGCGUGUGAUCCGACUCUCGUUCCAUUCCUCGGGUUCGAUCACUCCGCACUGAACAAUGAUGACGAGAUGGACGUUGUUACGUACGUGUGAUUUUGGUCACUCGAAAGUGUUUUUUGGUCCGAACUUUCAGCCGGUGGCAUUUUGUUCUUUCUCUCUCGGCGUAUCCAUGUUU